CAUGGCGUUUCAGGAUAUUAUGAGCCAAACCUGGCAACCAAAUAGCCUACCAGGAAGUUCGGGGUGGCGGGAGUUUCGUUUUAUUAUCGCAUCUUUGAAAUUACGCAAGCUUCGCCGACGUUACUCAGGUGCUUGACUUUAUCUCUUUCUGGAUUAACUUUGAUGAUGCAGUUUACCUAAUUCAAUCAAUCCCGUUCAGUCAAAUCAUUUAAACACUCGCGAACUAACGUCAUAACGCUUAAUUUGUGCGUUUUGUUUACCGCACUUGGUUCGCAUUCGACGUUGCUCACAGAAACAACAAGUCCAAUCCCGACAUGGAUAAAAUCAUCGCACUGUCAGACGGGGACAAUACUGCCGAACUCCAGAAGUACCUGUGCACGCUCACAAAUGAUCAGCUAACCACUGUGAUUAACAAUGGCGCACUGAAGAGUAAGAAGGUCGGUGCCAUGAUUAAAGGCAUAUUCAAAGGCUCCGCACCAGAUUCCCCCGAAGGGUCAAACCGCAGACUCCUUGUUUAUCAGCACUGCAUCCCUCUGUGUGAGUCUGGGGAUCUUCAGGCUGAGGUGGCAGCUGAUAUCAUUGGACUGCUGAUGCUGGAGACUCACACGCUGUCCGGAACAUCUCUUGCAAAACUGGCGUCUCUUUUUGUUGAAGCCAUUAAGGUGGGGAAAAUGGGCAGUGGGAAAUCCCUGGAGCUAUUUCCUACUGUGCUUACUGCCCUUUCGGCAUGUGAAGCCUUGUCCUACGGCAAAGGCGAACUCAGUGGUGGAGAAUACAAGAAACAGCUGAUCAACAGCCUCUGCUCAAGCAGAUGGGACCCGCAAUGUGUGAUCCACCUGACGACCAUGUUCAGGGAUGUGCCCUUGUCAUCAGAGGAGCUGCAGUUUGUGGUGGAGAAAGUACUGCGGAUGUUCACCAAGCUGGAUCUGCAGGAAAUUCCACCACUGGUUUAUCAACUGCUGCUUUUAUCUGCAAAAGGUUGUAAGAAACAGGUCCUGGAUGGGAUCAUCUGUUAUUUUAAGGAAAAAGAUGUCUGCCAGGACGAGGAGCAGAAACUUGGAGAGAGCCUGGAUUUAGAGGUUCAGUCCAUCCCACUGGACCAGUUGAGGCAUGUGGAGGGCACUGCCAUCCUCCACAUAGUCUUUGCUAUACGACUCGACCAUGAACUUGGCAGAGAAUUCCUUAAAAGCGUUAAGACAUCAUACGGGGAUCUAUGCUCUUUCAGCGUUGCCCUCUUACUCUCGGUGGCACGCAUCCAGCGUUAUGAAGAGCAGGUGUUUGACCUUUUGAAAGGGGCGAUCAUCAAGAGCUUCAAGGAUGAGCAACUGCAGCAGGGGUCAAAGUUCCUGCGGGACCUCCUGCCUGGUCACUGCAGUGUGGCUCAGAUGAUUCUGGACACAGUCAAGAACAGUGUGUUUGGUUGGGAUCAUGUGACCCAGGGUCUGGUUCAGCUGGGCUUCUUCCUUAUGGAUGCAUUUGGACCCAAACCUGGACCGUUUGGCAAGACCACUGAAGGGACUGUUAGCGUAGCCCGGACCCCUAAUCAGCAGGCGUGUAAGCUGGGAGGACAGGUGCUUCUGCAAGGCUUUAAGGUGCACGAGCCCAUCAGAGGCGAGAUACUGGACCAAGUCUUGAAUCGAUUGGUCACAAAGACGGCCUCGCCUGUCAAUAAUUACUUGGAUCUUUUUUCUGACAUUGUGGUUUCUGCUCCCAUGAUCCUCCUGGAGUCAUCUUCUAAGGUGACAGAGACAUUUGACCACCUAUCAUACCUGCCUUUGACCACUGUUCAGGGUCUCCUAAAAGCUAUCCAGCCUUUGCUCAAGGUCAGUAUGUCUUUGAAAGAUGCUUUGAUUCUAGUUCUCCGCAAGGCCAUGUUUUCCAGCCAACUGGAUGGCAGGAAGUCUGCAGUGAGCGGCUUCUUGUUGCUGCUAAAGAACUUCAAAGUGUUGGGAAGCUUGGCCUCGAGCCAGUGUAGCCAGGCCGUCUCCUCUAGUCAGAUCCAAGUGGACGUUCACGCGGGCUACAACUCGGCUGCCAACGAAGCGUUCUGUCUGGAGAUCCUCAGCAGCCUGCGCCGCUGCCUCGGCCAGCAGGCCGACGUACGCCUCAUGCUCUACGAGGGUUUCUAUGACGUCCUCCGUCGCAACUCUCAACUUGGGAGCUCCGUCAUGCAGACCCUCCUCUCGCAGCUGAGGCGGUACUACGAGCCUGAACAAGACCUCCUGCCCCCGGUGAAACUGGAGCCGUGCAUCACAGCACUCGGAGACCAGGUCUACCUGCAGGAGCCACUGGCCCACCUGUUGAGCUGCACUGUGCAUUGCCUACUGUGGCUGCAGAACAUGCGUCAAUCAGCCAACGCUGACGAGGAGGAGGAGGAGGAGGAGGAGGAUGAAGGAGGGGAGGGAUACCAGUGUGAACUACAGGCAGUCCUUGAGAGCAUGACAAGACGUAUGAUCAAGUGUGAACUAGAGGACUUUGAGCUGGACAAGUCGGCCGAGUUCUCCACAGCAAACAGUGUUGGGGUUAAAAAUAACAUCUAUGCUGUGCUGGUGAUGGGUGUGUAUGAGAUCCUUAUGGAGUACAACUUCAUCAAAGCCAACUACAGUAAGGGCCGCUUUGAGGAGCUCCUGGAGAUGUUCAACCGCUACCACAAACUGGCUGAGAUCCUGAAGGAGAAAUCUGGGAAGGCUCGAGGGCUCUCAAACAAGAUUCCUCGUAGUUUACUCUCUUUGGGCUUCAUAUCAACUCUCCUCACUGUGCUAUUCCGGGACAGUACUCAGAGCAGAGAGGAGGCUCUCUCAGUGCUUCGCUCAAGUGGAGAGUUUGUGCGCUACGCCGUGAAUGUGGCCGUACAGAAGAUCCAGCAGCUGGAGGAGACGGGACACACGGAUGGACCGGAUGGACAGAACACGGACAGAACUUUCCGCUUCCUCUGUGACACGACGAGUGUGCUGUUGUGGCGUUACACCAACGUCCCCAGCGGUGUCGAGGACGCAGGGAAGAAGGAGAAGCGCUCCAGCUUGUCCCUGGUUUGUCUGGAAGGUCUGCUCAGGAUCUUCACUGCUUGUCAGCAGCGCUAUGCGGACAGGAUGGCUCAGCUCCUCUCCUCCAUGGAAAUCUCUGAGGACGACGCCGAGCCGGACGAAGGCAACGUCACGGAGAUGAACUUCUUUUACAUCCGACAGUUUCAGAGGGCGCUCUUCACCCAGUUAAGCGGAGGGGAGGAAGAAUUUAACAGCAAAGAGGCUCAGCUGCUGGUCAGCAUCUUGUGUGUGCUUUCGCGCCAGCUAAAGCCCUCCUCCCAGCAGUUUGUACAGAUGAUCACUUGGACUGUGAAGAUCUGCAAGGAGACCAGUUUUGAGGAUUCGGCUUUCUCCAAGGGGCUGCUCUCUCUCCUCUUCAACCUGCACGUCCUCUAUAAGAGUCCUGUAAGCCUGCUGCUGGAAUUGUGCCAAGACAUCCACAGUCAACUUGGAGACAUUGAUGAGAAUGUUGAGGUGGAAAAACAGUGUCACUUUGCCAUCAUCAACAUGAAGACUGCACCCGCGGGAGCGCUGCUGGUCCUGUCUCAGGUUGACAGAGUGCUUGAUGAAGUGGACUGGCUGAUAGCCCGGAAGAAAAGCCAGACGUCCUCUGACAAGUCGGGUUCCGGCGAGGCCACCCAGACCGCAGGCCAACAGGACCCGAUGGAGAAAGCAGUGACGCUGCAGCUCGGGACCCUUUUGACGGCUUUAAACGAGCUGGUCCAGACGGCCCUGCUGCCCGGCCCCUGCACCAUCACGCUGCUGAGAGCGCUGAGCCGCACAUACACCACCCUCACCACGCUGGUCAAAUACUACAUCCAGGUGUGUGCCAGCCAGCACGCUGCACUGCCAGCACGGUUUGAGAAGCUGGUCAAACUGUCGGGCUCCCACCUAACUCCACAGUGCUACUCCUUCAUCACGUAUGCACAGAAUGGAGAAUUUGGUGGUGGAGGAGCAGAUGACAAGAAGAAAAAGAAAAGAAAUGAAGUGAACUCUGCUCCCUCUGCAAAGCUUCUGCGUGAGACUAAAGCCAUCCCUAACGUGAUCUUCAGUAUUGAGCAGUAUGAAAAAUUCCUCAUCACGCUCUCAAAGAAAUCAAAGGUGAACCUGAUGCAGUACAUGAAGCUGAGCACCUCCAGGGAUUUCCGCAUCAACUCUGCUACUCUGGACGCAGCCCUUCAAGAGCAGGACGCCAGUCAGGAGACCAACGCGUCACAAGAGGCCGAGGAGACACAAGAACCCCGUCAGAAGAAGAGAAAGCAGUGAGCCCCCCCCCCCCCCCCCGGAUCUUGAGCUUCUACUAAACAGCAUCCAGGCGGUUGGGUGUUUGAAGC